GAACGUUGUGGUCAAGUGGAAGUUCUGAACCCUCGUUACUUCCCCAUUUUGGCAAGCGCUUAGCUGAAGAUGAGAAGGAACGGCCACGUAAGUGAGUUGUACUCUUUUUCCGUGCUCAGAGUCUUGUUCCUUCUUCUCCAUCAUUCUCACCACAAGCAUCACCAUAUCAACAGUCAUUGCCCGCAACACUGAUAUCAAUUGCAUCAACCGUCAAAGCUGCCAUUCUUAAUGACGAAACCCAAGAAAGCCGCCCGUCUUCAGCGACAGACAUCAGAAAAGCUCCAGCAGACUAGAAGUAUAACAAUAAUCCCAAUCCACCGUGAAUCAAUCGUGAACACAGGCCACAAUAUCACUGUUCGGAGACCUUCAGAGACAGUGACAACCGGCCAGACGACUAUUAUUCGGAGACCCUCUGGAACAAUGGCCCUUGGCAGAUGUGUGCCCAGCGGUAAUGGCACCACAACAAAUCAGAACAGGUCCUGGCAUGACCACCUUCCGCCUCAGACUGACCAAUGGAUGGCCAAAUUCUGUGUUGAACCUAUUGGAGGCUUGGAUUGUUUUACAUGCUGCCUCGGGUGCUUGAUUCCAUUCGCACUAUAUGGAAAGGUGAACUGGAGGCUAAAGCGAAAGUCACUCGGUGAAGAUGUCUUUGCUUUCAAGCCUUCACACGGCUGCAAUGGUCCAUGUUGGGCAUACUGCGCCUGUAGCAUGAUCGGUGUUGGCUGUUGGCAUGGGGUACUCAGUGGUAAAUUCUCUUAAAACAUCAUAUGCCUCAAUGAUCAAGUCACGAAAAUUAAGAGGGUUAAAGAGAAUACUAACAGAUUUGUUAAACUAGGCAUUGCUGCAGGGCU